UUGUAAAAUACAUAUCAUAAAUAUUGUAAUAACAUUCAUAACGGUCUUUGGUAAUACGUUAAUGCAAUGGCUUUUCAACAAGGUAGAACCACAUGAAUGGAAAAUGUUUUCUACAAAUGGAAUGACAUAGAUCAAGUGAUAAUGCAUGGCAUUAAAAGAGUAGUAAUUUUCUGCAUACUUACUACCGUAUUGCCAAUGCUGUUACUUGCAAUUCCGCUGUAUCUACGUCAUAGUCUGUAUGCCGACGUAGCAUAUGCAGUUACCGAGUCUGAUAUUUUGGAAGUACAAGAUGGAAUUUCAACAAUAUUUUGCUCGAAACAUACUUUGCAAAUGAAUGAAACUUUCAAUGCUUUUCAAAUGAAACAUCGACCAGAGAUAGCUUCGUACCGAAAACACAUAAGGCUAAAAAAGAGUAUGACUCUACCUGAUGAUACUUUGGAAUAUUGGGGUUUUUAUCUACUGAAGGGUGCGACCGUUGCACUUUCUGUUUGUUCUAGAUUCGAAGGUGCUUCGAUACUUGUUGUUAAAGGUGAACGGAACCUUCGUACUUGUGGCAUGUUGGAACAUAAUGAGAAUAAAGCACGAGCAAAAGGUAUAUUUUUACCCGAAGCUAACAAACAAAUGAAAGUAGAAUCUAUUGCACAAUCAAAAACUUCUCAUAAAGUUAAUGAAAUAUCUUUGAGCACUACGCAGAAUAUAAAUCUCAAUAAUUUACAUACUAGUCAAGUAGAUGCUUUCAAUAAAAGCAAGCACCCAGAGGAAAUCAAUUCCUUAAGGGAAUCGUUUCGUACACUCAGUGAUUUAAAUUAUUCCAACACAAAUAGUAGGCCCGUAGAAGAUGAAGUGCAACAUUUAUAUCGAACAGCGGAAACAUACGUUCGAAAGCAUAUUCGUGAGGAAACACCAAAGAAACAACUACAGGAGAAAAGAAAGUUGCGGCAUGCAAGACAACGGUUGCGUACCAUUAAAAUGGAUAAGGGCAAAAAAGAAAAGGAACGGUAUAAUUACAAGUACGCGUUAAGAAAAUCAUUACAUAAAGAGCAGAAUCAUAAAAAAGUGCAUAGAUCGAUAAGACAAUCACAACCUAUGUUAGAAAUGAAAAUAAAAAAACUAUCAGAAUUAUUAGAAACGGAUAGAAAUUUGAAUGUGGAAGCAGAGGAAAACGAGGAAAUUGAGAAAAAAGAUGUCUUUCAAGAUAUUCAGAGAAACCAAUUUAGAAAGAAGAGAAAUCAAGCUCCUAUAAAAGAACCAGCAUUACUUGAUCAAGGAGUCAAGCAUGGUGGUAACGCAAUAAGAAAUUUAACAGAAACGGAUGAAGAAUCAUCAGUUUCCAGUUUCGAGAAUGGUUUAUUGAACUGUUACGAGGGCCAAGUGUUACUUGCUCGUGAAUUUGAUCCCAAUAAACUGUGCACAAAUGUAAGCUAUUUAGAAAGUGGUAGACAUAUGCAAACGAGACACGAAGUUGCCGAAGAUGGAUACUACUAUUAUAUAUUUUAUAGUGACAAUGAUUUUGUCUCCAAUGAUAUCCAUGCUGUUUUUGACAUUUAUAAACCAACAUUUCAAUACGAGAACGUAACGAGAUCGUGUAUAAAUGUGACACACUGUUCAUUUUCACUUGAUUUAUUAUCAUCCAAUAGGGUAAUAGUCGAAUUGCCCACUAAAGAUGGUAUCGAACAAAUAGAGGAUGAUAUCGCUCUGCUCGUUUCAACGUGUCAACCAAGAAUGAGCAUGUACAUUAUUUUUCCAAUUUCCGUAUUAUUUCUUGUACUUGGAUGUGCUUUUUUAUAAAUAUAAUUGUAAAUGUUUGUUUAAAUAUUAUCUAAACUAAGAAUUAAGAACACAAGAACAUUUUUUUAGGCCUAUCUCCUGUUCAUAAUUGCACGUAAUUAUGACUACUUUUAGGGAUUCAUGAGUAAUAUUACUUUAAUACAGGAAAAAAGUGUAAAGUACUUCAACUUUAAUUCGAGUAUUGAGAUUGCGGCGAGAACUCGUUGAUAAUGUCGAUAGUUUUGUAAAAUAUAAAUUUAUAUCUUCAUGAGAUAAAAUGCGAUAAACUUUGUUAAAAUCCUUGUUCUUACUGAUGCGGAAUAACGCUUUGUCGAUUGUAACUUUUUGUAUGUACGAAAUGCGUAAAGUUGACAGUCUGAUCUUUACAAAAUUUAAAUUUCUUUAUCUUAACACUUUACCGACCGGCGAAUUUGGAAGUAAAUAAGGGAUCAGGGGUAUCGCAGAACCGAUCGAUAGGCUUCCGGUUGGUAGUGUCAAAAUUUGGUGUCCUCGUGUCGUAAAUUCUUAAAUUUUGUGCCAGUUUGGUUUUCAAAGUGGAAUAUUUCUAUAGGGGGUGGUAGGUAUGUAAUCGAAAAACGCGUGGACUGACCAUUACCGCUCGAUAGACGCGUACACGGAAACACAAGAAAUCGUGAGCCUCUACCUGUAAAAAUUAGCUCGAUCGAGGAAUGAAAAAAAUUGCAAUCGUUCCGCUCGAUGCGGCUCAACGAGCACGCAAGGAACCGCUUUCGGCUUUAUUGAAGAAAUGUCAAUCGUGCCCCCAUGAACGAAUCUGCGCAACUUCUCGACAUAGGAAAGAGCAGGAAAGAGGUCCUCGGCGCUGACGUGGGAUGGAUCGUAGGGGUUACGA